AUGAAGUUCCUGGAUUGGUAUGUGAAGAUUGCAGUUGUAUCAGCUGCAAUUGGAGGAUCCAUGGAGUAUUUCAUGAUCAAAAUCGGUUUUUUUGACAAAGUGAUAGUUCUUGAGUCGGAAAAGAAGGCUUGGGAGAAUUCACCCGAAGCUCAAGCUAUGCGAGAAGCUCUCAAUCCUUGGAGAAACAUUGAUGCAAAUGCAAAAAAAUCUUCCUAG